AUGUUCAUGAUGAUGGGAACGCCUGAAGAUGGUGAAACCCUACAACGUCCAAAAGAGACAAUUAAAUUUAUUGAGGAUAUGACGGAAGUAGAGGUAGCCCAACAAGAUGGGGCUACGCCAGCUGGACUACAGAAUUUGGGGAAUACAUGCUAUCUUAGCUCUACUCUACAAACGCUUCGGGUUAUCCCAGAACUGCAACAACAAUUGAAAAAUUACACAACGGCAUCUGAUUCAUCUUUUCCCAAUAGUUCUCUCGGGAACAUUAGUGCACUCGGACUUGCAGGUCUAGGAACAUCAUCUGAUCUUGUUGCAUCACUACGGGAUCUAUACAAGCAGAUGGGCGAGACUCAAGUAGGAUUCCCUCCACUCGCAUUUCUCAACUCACUACGAACGAUAUUUCCACAAUUCGCCGAAAAAUCUAAAUCCGGUAACGGAUAUGCUCAACAGGAUGCUGAAGAGGCGUGGUCACAGAUAUUAAAUCAACUUCGAGAGAAACUGAGGAUAACUGUGCAAGAAAAUGGUGAUUCAAAAGACGUCUCAUUUGUGGAUAGAUAUAUGAGAGGCGAAUUCACAUCUAUUACUGAAUGCGAUGAACGGGCUGCUAAAGAAGCGGGAGAGAUGCCGACUCAAAACAGUGAACCGUUCCUGAAACUAGAUUGUCAUAUAAGUGCAUCUACCAACCACCUACGAGAUGGAAUUUUGGCAGGCCUUGAACAAAAGUUGGAGAAACAAUCGCCAUUACUAUGUCGGAACACCGUUUACACUAAGAAGAUGCAAAUCUCUAAGCUACCUAAGUAUCUGACCGUUCACUUCGUCCGAUUUUACUGGAAAAGAGAUGCACAAAAAAAAGCUAAAAUUAUGCGCAAAGUAACUUUUCCUGAUGAGUUGGACGUAGUUGAGUUUUGUACCGAUGAGCUUAAACAUGCCCUGAUUCCUGUUAGAGAUAAGGUCCGGGAAGUUCGAAAGGAUGAGGAAGAUUUCGAACGGGCUCGUAAAAGACAAAAAGUAAUCAAAGAUAAGCAAAUUGCCGACGUAAAAGCAGGUAUCGUCGAUUCGACCUCUACUAACGUUCAAGACGGUAGCAAAGGUGUCAGUGGACAAAAGAACACAGAGACUGACACAGAGAUGAAAGAUGUCGUCAAUAAUCCCGAGACAGAUGCCGAGCGUGCUGCUUCUAUUCUUGCCGCAAAAAAAGAGCUCCAUGCUAUGGUUAAUAUAGAGACCUUGGCUGACGAUAGCAUCAACAAAUCGGGCCUCUAUGAACUUCGCGGCAUUGUUACUCACCAAGGUGCCAGUGCCGAUAGUGGACACUAUACUUCCUAUGUAAAGAAGCAAGGACCCUUGGAUUCCAAGACUGGGCAACGGGGUGAAGAGGAUGGAAAGUGGUGGUGGUUCAACGACGACAAGGUGUCAGAGGUUGAGGCAGAAAAGAUCAAGACUCUAUCCGGCGGAGGUGAGUCUCAUUCUGCGCUUAUACUUUUAUACCGCGCGAUUCCGUUACCGGAUGCGGCUGGGAUAAGUCAGGGAUAA